GUACAAACCACCCUCUAUGCUGUUCUCGCGGGGCAUUUUCCCUCUGAGGUUCCCGCGGGCGGAGAAUAAAAUUAAUUAUUAUUCGCAUACAAAAAAAAAACGGAGCCAUAAGGAUGAGUUAUGAAUAGAAUUUAUAGUGAUUACCAUUUAUGCAUAUUCAGUAAUGGGAAAUACUUGAAAUAGCGAUUACUUAUUCAAAUAAUUGUGAAAUUCAACGGUUUUAAGGGAUCUUGAAAGAUAAAUGCUUAAAGUUAGUAAAAAUAUUGAGGUUAUAUUAUUUGAAAAAAUUCUUUAUAAUUUUAAUGAUUAGGUAUUUGAUCUUAGCUUGAUAAAUGCCAUUAGAAUCAAAAACUAAAAAUUCAUUUGGGGCAGUCUGAAUCGCAACCUUUGAGAUCCAAAUCAAAUUUUGAUUAGUCUACCCAUUUGGUUAUAAAUCGUUUUCGAAUAUUUCAAAAAAGAAAGAAUCAAUACGAUGAGCAAGAAAUCCAAGCGUCAAGCCCGCUCAAAAAAGCCUCGUAGUGGAGGAGGUAAUGGAAGAUCUUCUCAUGCUGAACCAUCGAAAAACACCUCCAAGAACUCCGUCGAAAAAGCUAAAAACACUUCAGCUAAGAGUCCGAUCCAGAGCUCCAUUAAGCAACCAAAGAACCUAGAAGCCGACAUCUCAAAGGGCAUUGAAUCAGAAGAUGAAGAACAGCUUCAAACUGAUUGGGAUAAUGAAACCAAAUAUCAAGAUGAGAUUCAGGUUCAGGAGGUCAAGUUGGAGAGCCAGAUAUACGAGAAUGUUGAAAACUCCUACCGCAUCGAAUCACAUCGCCAUUUCGGAGUAUUUUUAUCACGCAAUCGCUUUGAUGCCAUCCUAUUGUUAACCCGAAACAUAAGCACCAAUACAGAUGACUAUGGAGAGCAUCGAAUUAAAUCGGAUUUCCGGGGAAAACGCAGUGAGUUCCGUGCCUGGUCUCCCUUUCAAUCCAAACUGGCAGCUGGGAUCAUGAGUGGUGCCAGUGAUUUACAUUUGCGUAGUGGUUCGAAAGUCCUUUACUUGGGAGCUGGCUUUGGUCGAUCGGUAUCCCAUAUCUCGGAUAUUGUGGGUGAAUCUGGAAUGGUGUAUGCCGUGGAGCAGGGUCCGUGGGCGGGUCGUCAGUUAACAACUCUCGCGAAUGGUCGUUUAAAUAUCGUACCUGUCAUCGAUGAUGCCACCAUGCCAUAUAAAUAUCGCUUUGAGGUUCCAGCCUGCAUUGAUGUUAUUAUCUCUGAUUUACCGCAGGCAGAUCAGGCUCGCUCCCUGAUGCUAAAUGCUAGACAUUACCUGGUAUCAGGAGGUAACUUUUUGACCUUUAUGCAUUCGGUUGCUGGUAGCAAUGGGAUGUCCAAUAAGGAGGCAGUUGCCGCUGAGAGAGAGCUUUUAAAAAAGAACCAUUUGGAGCCCACUGAAAUGAUCUCAUUAGAGCCUUUUAAGCCAGGUUACUCCCUUGUUAUGGGCGUAUACACGCGAAAGGAUGAGGCUGCUUAGAUUGUUUAAGCUAAAUGUUAGGCUUUUACUAAGCUUAAUCAAAAAAUAUAAAAAUAGAAACAAGUAAAUGUAAAUAAAUAUUUGAAAUAUAAAUCAAAAUAUUGAAAUCUUUAUAUUAGUAAAACCUUCAGAAAUCUUCUAAAUAUUCUUGUAAAAAUAAAGAAUAUAUUUUGCAUUUAAAAAAACGCAAUUGAUUUUGCCUUUCUUCCUAUAGGAGAAUGAUAAUUUAUUAUUUACAAACUCAAUUGUUUAUUCAGUUAUUUUUUAUUACCAUUGAAUAAAGGCAGACUGUGCACAAAAUUGAAUUAAUCGGAAAUUAUUUAUGCCCCAGUGCCGCCGAGCGAGAAUAUAUCAACAUAUUAAUGAAAAUAGCUUGCAUAUAAUUAAUGAAUUAAGUGAAAUGCCUUGCCCAUAUAUACAUAGGUCCAAAUACAUUCGUGAAGAGCACUCGAACGGCUAAAUCACUUUGAAUUGGGGUUAAUCAAAUAUUUAUUCCGUUUUUUUUUUCGAAUAAAUAUGUAAUUUUAUUUUCGCUCUGAUGAUUCUCCAGAUUAUUUCUGUUUCCAAUUAACAGCAGACUUCAAAAAGGUUUGGUUUUUCAUUAAAUG